AUGUCAAUAUCGUGGAGCAAUGAAGAAACUUUCAAGUUUAUUGAUUUAUAUCAAUCUGAGCCCGCACUUUGGGACCCAAAUAAUGCACUGCACAAGGAUAAGAACAAGGUGAAUGAUUAUGGAAUCGCAUUGCAGACUUCCUGCAAAUUCCUGUUUCGGAACAUAAAAAAAAAGAAAGAGACAUUGAUGUCAGCAUUUCGUAUGCAUUUCAAAAAAAAAACAAGAUUCGAUCCGAUCUGGUAUGGGAGAAGAAGAAAUUUAUAA